AAAGUCGUCAUUUCCGGUAUCAUGGCCACCAAAACAGUGGCAGGAAUUUGGCAACUCGGUCCAAAACUGGGUUUUAUGGAUCCGCUGUGUCUUUGAGGCGCCAUCUAGGCUUUUCGGAUCGUUAAGAUCCGACUAUGGUGCCCCACUUCGCACCAAUUUGGGCGUUUGCUUUAAAAUAUGGCAUUUGAAUCCAUGUUCGUUAGCAGUUGGUAGUAAGCUGUAAACUUUGGCAUGCAGAAAAUCACUAUGCAAAGAUCAGUUUAGCAAAAAAAAAAAGUUUCGGCAAAGGGCAACUAAUGGAGCAAACACUACUCACUACAAACCUAAUAGUAUUUAACUCCGAUUAUUAUUGAUAUUACUCAUGGCUUGUAGUUCUGGCUCCAAUGCAAAAAUGUCCGGUCCAAAUGUCAGCACACCGACCGUGGCAGUGACACCAGACGCCGUGGAUCAGAAGACAAACCCAGUUGUAUUUGAGAUUUACGGAAAGAUCUGGAACGUGCAGGCUCGUCUGGGACAGGGCGUCUCGGCCUCGGUGUACCGGGUGAACUCAGGCCGGGCGAGCUCUGCAGUCAAAGAGUUCCAGGUGGACGCGCAGGGCGGAGAUUACGGGUACCUCAAGGAAAGCUCUGUGCUGGAAAAGAUUCAGGGACAUAAAAAUAUCGUGACGCUGUAUGGGAUGUUCACCAAUCACAACUCUUUUGGUGUGGCCACUCAUUGCCUGUUGUUGGAGCUUUUGGAUGUGAGUGUGUCAGAAUUGCUGGUCAGGGUGAGUAAUCAGGGGCAUUCCAUGUGGUUGAUUCAGCACUGUGCCCGUGAUGUUUUGGAGGCCCUUAGCUUCCUGCACAGAGAAGGUUACGUACAUGCUGACCUCAAGCCCCGCAACAUUCUCUGGAGCGCUGAUGACGAGUGCUUUAAGCUCAUUGACUUCGGCCUUAGCUUUAAAGAGGGACACCAGGAUGUGAAGUAUAUCCAGACCGAUGGAUACAGGGCUCCUGAAGCCGAGCUGCAGAACUCACUGGCCCAGGCAGGUCUGGAGAGCGAUUCUAGCUGCACAACCGCUGUGGACCUGUGGAGUCUGGGAAUCAUUCUUCUAGAGAUGUUCUCAGGAAUCAAACUAAAAGAAACUGUGAAGUCUCAGGAAUGGAAGGAUAACAGCUCUGCAAUAGUAGAUCAUAUCUUUUCGAGCAAUGCUGUGGUUUACCCAGCUAUCCCUGUUUUUCAUUUGAGGGAUCUGAUCAAAAGUAUGCUUCACAAUGACCCUAAACUGAGAAGCACAGCUGAGACCGCAUUAAUCAACCCUUUCUUCAGCAUUCCCUUUGCACCUCAUAUUGAAGAUUUGGUUCUUUUGCCUACACCUGUCUUGAGACUACUAAACGUGAUAGAUGACAACCACCUGUAUAAUGAGGAUGAGUACGAAGAUAUAAUAGAAGAUAUGAAAGAAGAAUGUCAGAAGUAUGGCACGGUUGUAUCCUUAUUGAUCCCAAAAGAGAAUCCCGGCAAGGGACAGGUGUUUGUGGAGUAUGCAAAUGCUGGAGACUCCAAAGAAGCCCAGCGACUGCUGACAGGACGAACGUUUGAUGGCAAGUUCGUGGUCACUACGUUUUAUCCACUGAGUGCCUAUAAGAGAGGUUACUUAUACCAAACUGUGCAGUAAGGCUGCAUACAAAACAUGUAAAUUACAAUCAUGCGAUUGCUUUCAAACCCUUGAUCUGUGCAUUAUACUAUUGUGCUACCUUUAAUACUUACUUGUGUCACAUAGAUCAACAUUGUUGUGAAUAUAGGCACACAUGCAAUUUAACUUGGGUGGAACAAGGAGAAAAGUUUUAGUGCCUGCUUCCAACUUCCCUUUUUUUACUAAAUCGUCACACUAUAAUAAGACAAUUAUAUUUACCGUGUGAUAGAUGAUUGCAGACAUUCAAUAUGUAUGCUUUUUUUUUUUUUUUUUGCAGUGGGUUUGAUGCACUGCUUUGGUUUACACUGCCUUCUAAACAACAGAUCACUUCAGAGACUAGGUUUACAUGCUUUUUGAAUGUCUACGAUUCUAAAAAAAAAUGUGUAGUUUAUGUGGCCUGUUUUCUUCCGUUCUUUUUUUCUGUUGUUUUAGUGAAGGUAUGUUGGUAUUUCCAGUAAUUAUGCACAUAUUUAUAAACUACUGGCAAAAUACACUGGCCUGCAUGCACUGUGGCGUGGUUAACAUUUAUGUUCAACUUGACCAUGAAAGCUGUUUAACCGCAUUUAAACUGAAGAUGGAAAUCUGCAGAGAGAGCACAAAUACGACAGAGCGGGUAGCCUUGUGCUAUAGAUCAUUCUUAAGUGACUUUUUUUUGCUUAUUCAGGGUUGACUGGAAUGAGGCUCCAUGUCUAACACAAAAGCCACAAUCUUUCUCAUCCAAAACCUCUUGAACGUUAUACAAUAGUUUUAGAAUUUUGAACUUGAAUUCCAAAGGAUAAUAUUAGUUUUAGUAAAAAAUGUGUCUGAAAACUCAUCGAAACAUUUAAAGUGGACUUAGAGAAAUAACGUAACUCAUACCUUCAUAGCACAAAUAUGUGAAAAUUAAGGAGCAAAUAAUCUAAUCUGUGUCUUUAUUAAGAUGGACUGCCUUGGUGCAUUGAGAAAUAAUGCUGUUGUUAGACUCAUUGACUUCAAAAAUGUUUUUCAGAAAGGCUUAAAGCUAAAAUGCUUGCUACAGACACGUUUAAGUCAGUUAUAUCUACUGUUUGAAUGGAUUUUACUAUCUGUACAAUAAUGACAAGUGAUUUUGCAAUCAUAACGCUAUAUAAAGGUUUUUCCAGUUGUGAUAGGUAUAGUGUUCCUGGUAUCAUUGUGUUUUCCAGUCAGUUUGUCUGUGAUUGCAUGAUGUGGAGUCUGUAAUAGUUCUAGUACAGAGCUUUCUGACACUCUUCGGAAGUUUACUUCAUAAAUAUCGCCUGGUUCUUUUUUUUCAGUCAUCCUGGAUUGACCAGCAUUGAUUGUUUUUCUUUUUACCGUCCAACCAAUGCCAUAAAGUCAGUUUUCUCUGUCCUAAAUUAUAGAAAUAUGAUAUUCACUUCCAAGCUGUAAUAUGAUAAGUGUACAAGACAGUGUGAAAAAAACAGACUGGUUUUCUAGAUGUAGAGGUUUAAGCUUUAACUACUUUUUUUGUGGAUUAGAUGGCAUUGUGGCCAAUAGUUAUUAUUAUUAUUCACUUUUUUUUGGAGGGGAAUGUUUUAGGACUGUUAUUGUAGGAAAAGGGCACUUUGGUUAUGCGUUUUCUGAGUGUUAGUCAUUCCAGAAAUGGGCUAUUUACUGAGCAUUGGAAAGAAAUUGUUAUUGAUCUAGAUUUUAUACACUCAUAUCUCUCUCUCUCACACUCUUCCACGCUAAUGGUGAUGACAUUUGAGAGAAUUAUGGAGAUGGUGAGCAAGAGAUAUUUUAGUAUCAUGCCCAUGUAAAUCUGGACUGCUGCCAUUGGUAAAUGUGACUCUUGGAAAGAAAAAAUCAGUUGCUAAAACAUUUGAGCUUGACUGUCUUUAAAUGCACUACGCAUUGGAUUGUGCUACUAAUUGUAGGCGUUACUUGUUUGGGAAAACCUUGUAAGUACAGCAAGAGAACCUGUAUGAGUUUGAAUGAAUGAAUGAAGUAGCCCAGGCUGCUUAUUUACAUUGUCUUGUUUUAUUCCUGUUUGAGACCGGAGAACGCCUACAUUGAACAAAUAACUGACAUUUAGAAUGUUAAAUAAUGACACUAUAUAUUUAAUCAGAAACAAGAAGUUCUGAUAUUAUUACAAAAUUUACAUUAUGAUGGAACUAUGUUGUUUAUGAACUAUGCAGGUCAAGGAAAAUUGCUUACAUGCAACAAAAAAUUGAAAAAGGAUGGGAAGAGUUCAGUAUUUGACAUAAAUGUGACAACAGCAAUAGUUGCCUGUGAGUCAUCAAUACUUUAAAUCCACCCCGUUAUUAUUAUAAAUCCAAAAUAAAAACGAUCAUUUACUUUUCGCUCAAGCAAUGUCAUCAAAGCUGCUCAAAUAGAAAAGCACAAAGAUUUCUUUUCACAAUUAACUACUGCAUAGAACCUGAGAUGGGUGUCUGUCAGGGAUCAUUUCAUGCUGCCUUAAUUUUUUGUAUGCUGUAAUAAUGUCACAGUCAGUAAAUGCCAGACUGUGAGAAAAGUGCCAAAAGCCUUCCUUUCUUCCCUGCCACCAGCAACCAAGGAGAAAUACCCAAGACUGCAGGGAAACCAUAUAUACACCGCAUACACCUUUAUCUUAAAUUGCAUUCAAAUGCCUUUAGAUGUGUCCAGAAACAAUAAAAUGUGUUCCAGUUGGAUGCCGAUGCCAGAGAUCACAUAACCAGUAAAGCACAGUGCUGGAGUUUAGUUGGCCUUUGUGUCUGUGUAGUGAAUAAUGAACCUCCCAAGAGAAAACACUGCAGGGUGUAACCACAAAUAGACAUGGGAGUGAAAUGCUCUUUGGGCCUUAAUAACUCGACAAAGCUUGGAGAACUAAAUGGCAGCUUGAAUGGUGAAAAAGAUUUUGAGUUGGUGACUACUAGAACAGACGUAUUGAAGUUUUAAUCGGAAAUAGAGAAGAUGCACAUAAACGACUUCUACCUUCGUAUUUACGAUCAUUUCUUUUGCAACCCUCUUAAAAAUGUAUUGGCUUCUUUCUUGGUUUCAGUAUUGCAAUAAAGAAAGGUAAAGUCAUACAUGUCACACAUAUCUCAUUGCAUGCAUAUGACCAUUUAAAGGAAAAGGGCAAGAGCUUGACAGUGGUUUAAUGGGGAAGCGUGAACAUAGGCAGUAAGGUGAUAAGUUGGCAUGAAUCGUGUAGAUGAUAAAAUAUAAGGGUGAAGGCCAAAGACUGAAUACGCUAAGGUGAAAAACAAUCAAGAAAACUGUGUAUUAUGGAAAUCAGCUAUUUUUUUCUGCACUGCAUUGGAGGAUCGGAGGUUUAGAUGGUUCUUCAAACCACGUGUUAAUUUGAAAGCUGAGUAAACACAAGAGAAGUGAGUUAGUGUGAGAUCUACUGUUUGCAGUGAAGUUAUGGUAACAUUCUGACUUCACAAAGGUAUAUAAUGCGUAUAGAAACAUGAUCAAAAGGUUUGUAUAAUUGGUGUUUACAGUACAUUUGUGAUACGUAAGUGCGUUACAGUGGUUGAAGUGCAGGGUUUUUAGGAUCAAAGCAGUUAGGAUAAUGAUGUGAAUUCUGAUGAAAUGUCUUAUCAAUGAUUUGUAUGCAGACUCUAUUUACGAGUGUUCCCUUUAAACAUGUUUAUGUGCUUUCAUCUUUGCCAAUCAUUUAAUUGUUACUGAAAAUACAGAUUCUCAACAGUGAAAACUCCCUCCAAAGCAUUAAAAAUGUUUUACAGGCUGACAUUUAACAAGAUUUUUUGCAAAUCUGUUAGUGUAGAUGUUUAAAGUGUAAAGCUCACUUUGGUAGCAGGAGAUUAUAAUAUUUAAUAGUUAAGGUAAAUAGAAAUUGAAUGAAACUUUGGAGGUGUAGUGCUGGUGGCUUGCAUUACCAUUAUAUUGCUCCAUUUUCAGACAAUCAUGUAUUGUUUUUUUUUGUUUUGUUUUUUUACCUUCCUCAUUUUUUUGUCUUAUCCCUGUGACUGAGAUGUGAUUGGUCGAAAGACAAUUCUUUGUGAAGCUCUGCCUUAAAGUCCACAUAAUAUGUGGCAGGGAAAACAAACUAAACUUGAACAUGCUACAAAGUAUAAAAGUGAUCUAAUAUUGAGUGUGAGGAUGAGUGUUUUCUGUAUUAGAGCAGAUGAUAGUCCAUUGAGGAUCAUGGGAGACUGAUUAAAAGCUCUGGAUGGAAUUAAUAAUAUUCAUGUUUCUCACAAUAAAAUGUUAAUGUCUGUAUCAUGA